AUGAGUCGUACUGUAAUUAACAAACUACUAGCAGAUACACACGCAAAUCACCAAGUGACUGAUCAUCAUGGCUUUCACACUCAUACUGCUCAUCAUUUGGGGAGUCUAUACUUUUUGGGUGUUACAGAUGAUAAAGUCGAACAAUUGUACAAAAACAUGCACGAUGAAUUCAACGAUUACAAACCAUCACCACAUGAAAUUACUCGAGAUAAUUGGCAUAAAUCGAUCGGUGAUAGACGUUUUUGUCAAGCGUAUCAAGAUUUUUUUGAUCGAGAAUUAUCGGCAAGUGGAAAUAAAUGGCACGAGAAAUUUUUGGAAUUUCUACUUGACAAUCAUCCGAAGCCAUUAAUCAAUAGUGUUGUGAGUGGUCUCGGUCAUCCUCUCAUCCAUAUUGGUUACGCAUUUGAAUUGGAUAGUCAAAUAGUGGCUAGUGAAGCAUUAACAUUGAGUGCUGUCUGCUAUAACUAUUUACACGAAGUGAUUGAUAAACUAAAACCACCAAAAAUCGGUUUAAAAUCGGCUCUGACAAUCAUUCAAGAUCUUCGUUCAGAUGAACGAUUACCAUUAUUCGAUGGGCCUGGUGUUGCAAACUUAGAAUCCAUUGUGGAAAUGUCCACCGAUCUGAUUCUGUCGCAUUAUGAUCAAUGGCUUGUGGAUGUGAACAAUUUGGACAAAAUAAUCGAGGAAUUACUCGAUCUGACCGUUUAUCUCUAUGGUGCUGCGCAUAAGCCCGACCAAAUCGAAUUCGAUUUCUUUCUUCUUCAUCUGUUCACAUCGAUGAAUGCGAUUUGUGUAAUUCGCCAACACGUACACGAUCAAGAAGUGAUCAAACAUCUUCUCUGGCAAAUAUUUUUCUUUAUCAUCGUCGUCUACAUUGCUCAGAUGCGACCGAAGAUCGAUCCAGCACUGAUUUAUGAUUACAAACUCGACAAUCACAAACAAAGUUGGAACUAUGUCAUUGAUCGAACAAUAAAUACUGACUUUGCUGAACAUGUUCAUUUAGUGAAGGUCAUACGCGCUUUGAGAGAUGCAGAAGCUGCUUACGGCAACAAAAACGGACUUUAUUUAAAAACAGCAGUGAAAACUAUUGAUAAUAUCAGCAUCGACAAUAUGUGGAUAGGAGGAGCGACGAAUCCUCGACAAUUAAAUAUACUUAAACGAACAUAA